AUGUCGAACUCGAAAUCAAAGGCUCCGGUCUCAACGCAAACCAAUCCCCGCGGUAUCCCAGUCGCCCCAUUCAUCGACAAUGUCAGCGACUAUGUCUCCAGCCGUGAUGAGGUCGAGCCGACUCUGCGGUCCUUCCAGGAGAUGAUCUCCAAGUAUCAGUUCAUGGAGGUGAACACCCAGCGGCGCGGGCAGGGACUGCGCGAAAAGAUCCCCGAUAUCAAGAAAACUCUGGAGAUGGUGCGAUUCUUAAAGUUGCGCAAAGAGUCCAACUCAGACACCGAUCUCGAAACCAAUUUCGAACUCAACGAUACCCUCUACGCGCGCGCAUCCAUUUCUCCCGCCGAGAUGGAAGAAGUCUACCUCUGGCUUGGCGCAAACGUGAUGUUGGCGUACCCGCUCGACGAGGCCGAGACGAUGUUGGCCGAGAAAUUGUCCGCCGCCGAGUCAAGUCUGUCUAACUGCGAGGAGGACCUGGAGUUCUUGCGUGAGCAGAUUACGACCUUGGAGGUUGCGACGGCGCGAGUGUAUAACUGGGAUGUGGUCCAACGGCGGAAAGACAAGGCCGAGGGGAAAGAAGAUGGUGCGAAAUAA